GCCAUCGCCAUGACACCACGAACAGACUUUGCUGGGCCAUCAACAGUUCAACGACUCGGAGACAAGUGCUUGCAAGCUGCGAGUAAAUACCUACCACUUUCCACCACUUUUCGUUACUUCACUCGAGUGCGACAAGCGACGGCCCGAAACAGCACUACCAACUUCGUCGAAAAUCACUCACCAUGUCUGAAAUGCAUCCUGAUUCUCCUGCCAUCCUGCAUGGGGCUGUGAAGGAUAUCGUCUGCAACUUGGAGAAGCAGCUGAAGGUACAGCAAGAGAAACUACGAGUCCUAUACAAGGAAUGGAACUUCUGGGAGGCUGCCGGCGCUCUUCUCGACUUCGAUCAACUUGAGGUUAGCGAUUUCAAGAUAGAUGAGUUACAAAGACAGCUGAUCGGAGCUCAAAUAGAGCAGCUAACAUUGGAAAACGACUUGUCGCAGAUGACGGAGUUUGCCCGCCAAGUCUUCAGCCAGCAAGGCUUAGGCUUCAAGACCCCCUCGAUUCCCAUUCCCAUCCCGUCUGCUAACUUGUUCCCGCUAUCAGCCGAGUAUUCACAUCCUUCGCCACCACCAAAGUCAUAUGGACAGCAAAUGACACAACGCCGGCAGGAGGAUUUCCGCUAUUACCUCGAACACCCGGAAAUGCUGGCGGUUUUGCCGGGUCAAGUAUCGCCUAAGAGUACUAACGUAAACAAUGCUUCAGUGCUUGAUCCCCAAGUAACCCUUGUUCAAUCUCGUAUGCCCUUUGCUCCCCCUCAAAACCCCCCUUUCCCUAACCACAAACUCGUUAGUCGCCCUCCAGCGCCUUCCCCUUCCCACACAAGAAGGCCAUCAGUCAAGAUUGUACCUCCUCCAUCAACAUCCACCACUCCCAAGGUACGUACUAACAACCUCCCCUCUCAAAAUGACCUCUUCUUCCUUAGGCGUAUGACUGCCUACCGCAAUUCUCGGUACGGCUCACAGAAGGGAAUCCACCCUACCGAUGGUAAGCGCGAUUACAAGUUUGACCCACACUUUUGGGAGAAGAAAGAAAACUGGGAUGGGACAGACGAUUUCUGGUUCAAGCCCUCGACGCAGAAGAGGAGGAGAAUGGAUGACGAGGAUGAGGCUCUUUCGCCUUGCGCGGUGCCGAGGAAGAGAGUUAGGAGUGCCGGGGGAGUGUAACCAUGAGGUCAAUUUGGGGAUGAUAUGGUGAUACGGUGCGUGGGGGCGUGU